AUGUGUGCACACAUAACACAAUGUAUGCUUGAUGAAAAAUCUGCAAAGCAUCUUUCUACAGUGCCGCUUUCGAACGACAUUUUGGUCGCCUUCGGCACAACAAAUUCGUUUUGCAAAUGGAUGAGGACUGAUGUUGCUUGCGAAUGGAUAAGUCGACUGGCCAUAUUGCUGAUAAUUGUACGAUAUCCAUAUGAACAUUCGCUCGAAGAAGAUUUUCUUGUGUGCACACCGCUGCCAACUAACACUGCAGGAAAAGAAAUUUUUAGCAAGAUUAACAAUUUUUUUGAAAUAAACUAUCUCAGUUGGAACGAUUAUACUGUUAUUUGUGCACGUACGACAAUGACUGGAAAAACAGUAGGAGUGGUGUCACUGAUAAAAAGCAAAGCUCAAAACAGUAGUUCCAGCCACUGUAUCCUGCAUAGUCAAGCACUCUCGAUAAAAAAAAUGCCGCCAAAUUUAAAAUUGGUUCUAGAUGAAGCAGUAGAAAUAAUUACUUUAAAUCAGUCCCUCAUCAGUACCGGCUGUUUUCAAUAUUGUGUGAAGAUUAUGGGAACAGACAUAAAACACUACUACUCCACACCGAGGUUAGAUUGUUAUCUUGGGGUAAGAUCUUAA